AGAGAGGGUAGUUUUCAGCGUGUCAGCAGCACAGAUUUCCACGCGCAGACUGAAUCAGUGCGCCGACAAUCAUAGCGAUCGUAGAAAUGUGCAGUAAGGAGCAGCGGCGGCUCGAGACCUGGAAGAUCCCACUGGAAUGACAGAUCCUGUAUUUGGAUAAAAUCUAACGGAUUACUCGAGAGACAAAACAAGAUUACAGAUAUGCUGCGUUUAAUCUGCAUUUUAUUCCUCGUUAACCUCUCUGAUGCUGUCAUGGAUCUCACCAUGACCUCUAAUGGGGCCACAUCUGCUAAUCAUUUCCACCUCUCCUGCAUUUCUGGAGAGCGUGACACUGAUGGCAUUCAGCUGAGCAUCAAAAAAGACAACAGCAUUGUUCUUCGUGCAGAUACCCCUAGUUUCAAUCUUCAGAGGCCACAGACAAAAGAAGUGGUGGCUACUGGAUUUACAGGUUUUGACCACAGUGGGAUUUUCUACUGUCACUCAAAAAGAGGAUCAGACCAGCUUGGCAAUGUUACACUAAUUAACAACUACAGCAAAGGUCAUUUUAAACCAGUGAGGGUCACUAUGACGGUCAGUAAAGGAGAAAAUGUGCAUUUAAUUAUGGACGUCCUUGGGACAGAAAGAAGAGACAUCGCUUGGAAAUUCAAUGGCAACUACUAUUAUAUGACUCCUAUUGCUGAUGUUGAAAACCGCACAGCAGUUUUGGAUCUGAAGAAAGUUGAUGAAAGCUAUGCAGGGAUUUACAGUGCCAGCUAUGUUGGAGACAGUGCUCUAUAUAGCGCUUGGAUGCGCCUCAUCGUUCGUGAUUGUCCAAAGAACAAAUGGGGCUCAGACUGUGACAAGGAGUGUCCCGAAUGCCUAAAUGGAGGUGUGUGCCAUGACAAAAAUGGAGAUUGUGUUUGUCCUCCAGGGUUUAUGGGAAUGCGCUGUGAGACAGCCUGUCGGGAAGGAAUGUUUGGUCGGAACUGCCAGGAAUCCUGUAAGCCGGAGAAUGGAUGCCAGGGCUUGAGUUUUUGCCUUACAGAUCCUUAUGGGUGUUCUUGUGCCAGUGGCUGGCAUGGAGAUCGCUGUCGUAAACCCUGUCUUGAAGGAAUGUACGGUGCUGACUGUCUCCUAAGUUGCAACUGCAAGAACAAAGGCAAAUGCAAUCGAUUUAGUGGCUGCCAAUGUUCUACAGGCUGGAGAGGGCAAUACUGUGAGAAAUCAGAUCGCGCACCAGAGAUUUUAGACAUAGCCAGUAACCUGGAGGGAAACUUGAACUCAAGCCACAAGAUCACAUGUUCUGCAACAGGCCAUCCACUGCCUAGCCAUUUGAGCAUCGAGCUACGCAAGCUGGAAAGCACCGUUCUGAAGGCAUUCCACACUAUUUUGGACUCCAAAAAAAGCACAGCUCACUUUGAGAUCCCACGUCUGUCUCCAGAGCACAAUGGUUUGUGGGAAUGUCGAGUCUCGACCAAUGGUGGGCAGGAUUCUUUGAAGUUUACCUUAACUGUGAAAGAGCCACCCUAUCCAACCGCUGCUCCCAAACUGCUGUUGAGAAGUAGCAGACAACUGGUUGUAAAGGCAGUGGACAGUUAUGCUGGAGAUGGUCCCAUUGUUUCCACUAAGCUGCUUUACAAGCAAGUGAAUACAGAAGACUCAUGGUCCCCCAUCAUAGUGCAUGGCAGUGAUCAAAUCACAUUACAAAACCUGAAGCCCUCAACCAAAUACCAUGUACGUGUACAACUUGCUCGUCCAGGAGAAGGAGGAGAGGGUCCUUUGGGUCCAGAGGCCAUCAUGGAAACUGACUGUCCAGGCCCUUCUUCUCCACGAAACGUCCAGGCCGACGCCCUGUCCAUUAGUGCAGUCAGGCUUCGCUGGCAGCCACCUGAAGAUCCCAAUGGAGGCAUUGUAAAAUACAGCAUUGAAUACCAGCCAGUGGGCCAGAGCAGCUUGCAUCCUUGGGUAGACACAGACAAUGGCAACAAAACCACAAAAGAUGUAACAUCCCUCAAUGGGAGCACAUUGUACCAAUUCAGAGUGAGAGCUUUCUCUAAGGUACCUGGAGAGUGGAGCAGCUUCGUACAAGCUCAGACACCUGGAGAAGGAUUAUCCAGCUUUAUUCCCACCACUCAGCAAGUGGGACGGCCGUUGGCUGAGGAUCAUCAACUUCUUUUUGCUGUGGUUGGGUCAGUGGCUGUGACUUGUGUGACCAUUCUACUGGCUCUUCUGGCUCUCUUUUACAUUCGUAAAUCUGUCCUUAAAAGAAGACGGACAUUCACCUAUCAAUCUGGAUCUGGUGAAGAGACUAUCCUCCAGUUCAACUCAGGGACUCUCACACUUACCCGACGACCAAAGCCUUCCCCAGAGCCCCUUACCUAUCCCAUCCUGGAAUGGGAGGAUAUAAAGUUUGAGGAUGUCAUCGGAGAAGGGAACUUCGGUCAGGUCAUCAAGGCCAUGGUCAAAAAAGAUGGGAUAAAAAUGAGUGCUGCAAUUAAAAUGCUCAAGGAGUUCGCCUCAGAGAAUGACCAUCGAGACUUUGCUGGAGAAUUGGAAGUGCUGUGCAAAUUGGGACAACAUACAAAUAUUAUAAAUCUUAUUGGUGCCUGCGAGAACAGAGGUUACCUUUACAUUGCUAUUGAAUAUGCACCUUACGGAAAUCUUUUGGACUUCCUAAGAAAGAGUCGAGUCCUAGAGACAGAUCCAGCCUUCGCCAAGGAGCAUGGCACAGCUUCAACACUCACUUCCCAGCAGCUCUUGCAGUUUGCUGCUGAUGUAGCAACUGGCAUGCAUUACCUGAGUGACAAACAGUUCAUCCACAGAGACUUGGCAGCCAGAAAUGUACUUGUCGGAGAUAACCUAGUUGCAAAAAUUGCUGAUUUUGGUCUCUCACGUGGUGAGGAAGUGUAUGUGAAAAAAACCAUGGGAAGACUGCCUGUGCGAUGGAUGGCUAUUGAGUCUCUAAACUACAGUGUCUACACCACCAAGAGUGAUGUAUGGUCUUUUGGAGUUCUUCUAUGGGAAAUAGUGAGUUUAGGUGGGACGCCAUACUGUGGGAUGACCUGUGCUGAGCUCUAUGAGAAGCUUCCCCAGGGAUACAGAAUGGAGCAGCCCAGAAACUGUGAUGAUGAAGUGUAUGAACUUAUGAGGCAGUGCUGGCGAGAUAGACCUUAUGAGCGACCGCCAUUUUCACAAAUAUCUGUCCAGCUUAAUAGGAUGCAAGAGGCACGGAAGGCUUAUGUCAACAUGGCUCUCUUUGAGAACUUCACUUAUGCUGGAAUAGAUGCUACCGCUGAAGAGGCCUGACUACCAGCCCCCCCAGACCCAAGAAGGGGUCAUAGCCCAAGGGAGGCUCAUCGCAGUAGGGCUCUGCGUUACUGUCACUUCCCUGUGGCCAGGUUCCAUCAUCGCUCAAAGAGACACUCCACCAAGGCCACAUGGCUAUAGAGAACAGACUGUGAAAGGACACUUCAGAUUCAGGAAGGAUUGAUAUCUCAGGGCAUGUUGACCUUGGAUUACUCAAGAGGAAAUGGAACCUACGAUAUAAGCUACCAUUGUAGCGCAUCGGGUCUGUGGGGACUUUGCAUUGACAUCUUUUUACUGGGAGGUUUUUGAAAUGUAAAUAAAUCAAAUGCAGUUCAUACCAUGGACAAAGGCGCCAGUAUUAUUAAAUGUAGCACUUGAGAAAACGAUGCAUUAUCCUUACUGAAAGUCAUCUGUUCUGCUCAUAAAAUUAAGAUUUGCUGUUAGUUUACUCAUUUUCAGACCAUCCAAGAUGUACUGUGCAUGAGUUGUUUUCUUCAGUUGGUAAGAUGUUUUCUUCAGUUGAAAAUUUUCUGAAUCUGUCCUUGGUGGCCCAGAAAACGCAAGUCAACCUCUAUAUGCAGGACAAAAUUAAUAACCUAUGCUAAUUGAGCUUUUGUGAAAUGAAGCAAUUGUCUGUGCAAGAAAAGGAACUAUGUUUAUAACCUAGUUUUCCUUAAAGGGGUGGUCCACAGGGUAUUUUUUUAAGGCUUGGCUGUGGAUGCAAAGCAACUUCAUUACUACUUAAACAUUUAACAUAGUUCAUUAGUUGAAAAUCCUAAUAUUUUUUCAUAUAUCUUACCUUGAAUAUAAACAGCUACUCUGCUAACAUGAAAACGGCUGUCAUAUUUCCUAGUUCCUCCAAAAGCCUGCCCUCAAGAGGCUCUGAUUGGUAAGCUAACAUAAUGUGAUGUGAUUCACGGAUCAGCUCCACAUCUCCAGGAAGAGUCACGUCCAGCCACUAGCAUGCGCUUUGCCGCUGCUGUGUAAAUACUGCCAGUCAGUGUAGCAGCUGUGUCAGUGUGAGCCUGAAUUAGACAGAAAAUGAAAAGGAUACAGCUGAACCUCAUGCCUGCUCUCUAAAAUAAAUCUGACAAACAUCUUUCAUAUUUCGGGUUAUAAGCAUGUGUAUGUAAAAUGAAACAUUCACAUAUCUUUUAUGAGUUCGUUAUUUGAGAUAUAUAACGCAGGGAAAGCGGCCGCGUAGAAAGACACUGCAGCACUGGUGAAGAUUGUAGGUGCUUACAGGGGUUUGAUUGAUACAUAUGAAUUUGUAGCUAAAUUGUUAAUGGUGCCAAACAGCAUUUCCCAUUGUUUACAAACCCGUUUACGUCCUUGCUACAACACCAUUAACGCUAGACACUAUGCAUGUAAAAGAUCAAUUUCAACAAAUUAAAAUACUCACAGGUUGUGGCUCACAAUCCACAGCUUUGUCUAUUAUGGUUGGAGCUGCUUCGUCUUCGAGAAGUUUUUAGUCGAAUCCAGCACGGAACAGGGAGAUAUUCUGGAAGCUGUCCUUUGUCCAAUGCUAGCUAUAUAUAUUUUUUAUAAUUCUCUGGAACAUGAUUAAAUUUAACUGUAAGCACUUCUGUCUUUGUGUCAUGCCCUUUGGAAGCCCAAAAACAGAAACAAAACGAGCUCUGUGGAAAAAGCAGCGUUUGAACAGGAUUUUAGCUUUAACAUUACAGCGCCUCUGGCCACGCUCCUUCGCUACGCAGGGUGUAUGCGCAUGGUGAAUAACCUAAAGCAUUUGUGAUCUCACUAAUCCAGAUGUAUUUUUUGUAGUGCUAAACUUCAUCCGCUGUAGGCUUUGCUAAGCUAACUCUGUAAAAGCCAAUGUCUCCUUUUACACUGAACUUUGAGCGUAUAACAAUUAGAGAUUUUGUUUAUGUUCACACAUUACACUUUAACUAAAGUUUAAAAUAGGGUAUGGUUGGGGACCACUCCUUUAAUGUGUGUCAUGACUUUAUAGAAUGUGUAAGCUUUCUAAUGCAUGUAAAUUGUUGAAAUUACAGACGUCUCAAUGAACUAUCAGUAGCCAUGAUUAUUAAUUUUGUUUUAAUUGUAUGCUUUUACAACUCACAAAGUACCUGUAACUAUUGACUUACAUUUUAUGAAUAACCUGGAACCACAAUUUCAGCUAAAAAUCUUCUUCAAUGUUGUACUGCUAAAAUGUUUAAUUUUGGUUAAACUAUCACAUUAAGUAGUAGGUCAGUGUACAUAAUGUUGAUAUUGACCAUACAAAAAACACUGAAUAGGAAUUCCUCCUUAAUUGUAAGUCGCUUUGAAAAAUGCAUCUGCUAAAUGACUAAAUGUAUAAAUAUUUUACAUCUAUGUUGCUUUUUACAUAUGGCAUAUGUUUACCAUGAUUUAACCAUCCAAUAAGAAUUUAGAGAACGUUAGAGAAUGUGUUUACUUUGAUAAAUAAAGCAUCGACUUGGUGACAGGACUCAUCACAAAGGCCUUUGAAGAUGAGCAGAAACACUCUACUGAUAUGGAGCAGAAAGUACUGACACUUUCUUUCGUUUUCUUCAAGUAGUAGGCUUGAGGUCAAACCCCUUCCCUGCUGCAGCUUGCUGAUCUGUCAAGAACAUUUCCUCCAGUUCUGCCACAGGCUCAAGAGCUGUCAGUUACAAUAUAGCAGCUUAGUUUCCUUCUACAAAAACCUGAAAAAAUGUCUUCUUAAACUCCAUUGUGAAGUGUUGCAUUCACUUUAUUUACUUAUUAAACGCUUCAUUUUUGUUAGGCAAAAAUCCUAGUUUGGUAGUAUUUUUGGUAUUUGGUGUCGCCAUUAAAUGUUUUUCCAUAUUUAAGCAAAACAAAAUGGCAAAUAAACCUUUUUUUGUUUACAGAAGAAACAUUGAAAUAUUAUGCAGUAAAUCAAUAGUUUAC